AUGCUGGUGCCGGCCGUGCGGGAGCCGGCGUCGCGACCCAGCCCGACGCUCUCCUUCCACUGCAACGACGAGGGCAGCGCGGUGGCUAGCGAGUGGUGCGGCGCCGCCUGCCAGCCGGGCGACGAUGUGCUCCGCGUCUACUACCUGGAGCGGUGCUCGUUCGAGUGCGAGCCGGGGGUGACGCUGCCAUCCGGUCUGCCGCACCUCUGCCUCGAGGCCGACAACAGCACCUUCUGCGAGGUGGUGGCCGACGUCGGCGACGGCCUGCUGCGCCAGUGCUGGUAUCCGCUGGUGGACCUGAUGUCGCGCGGCGAGCGGUACCGUGGCCUCGCCUGCCGCAGCCCGCCCGGCUGCGGCGUGCGCUGCCAGCCGCGACAGCUCACCGCCCAGGACCUGCUCUUCACCGGAGAGCGGUGCGCGGAGGACCUCGGCGACCGACGGCUCACCUUCUGGCUGUACUUCGGCCUGCGCGCGCUGACCGAGCUGUGCCUGCCGCUGGCGCUGGUGUUGAUCAACGCCACCGUGCUGCUGCUGCGCCGACGACACGACUCCGACUUCGGCUGGGAGUUCGUCUGGGGGCUGCUCGGUCUCAUGACGUUCGCGCCAUUCUGCGGCUAUCUGAUCGACGUACACGGAAAGCUCUUCCACUACCUGGACUUCCGGCCCAGCUUUUACGUCUUCUGCGCGCUGAUGUUGAUCUGCGUGAUUCUUGCGUCAGUGUUGCCAGUGCAGCCGCCGCCGACGCCGGGCGGCCGCUCCUACUCACGCCUGCUCGCCAAGAGUCUCGGCAACUUGGAGUUCUUCAGCGUGCUGUGCGUGCUGCUGCUGCUCGGCUCGCUCUGGGGCUUUCUCGAGGCGUUCCUGUACGCCCACCUGCAGAGCCUGGGCGGCACCCAACUGCAGAACGGCCUGAGCCUGGUGGCCGGCGCCCUGCUGCUGGUGCCCUUCCUGCUGAAGGCCGAGCCGCUCAUAAACUACUGCGGACACCACCACAUUUUCAUCAUCGCCUUCAUCCUCUACAUCGUCCGCUACGUCAGCUACGCCUACAUCAUCGCGCCGUGGCUGGCGCUGGUGGCGGAGUCGCUGGAGAUGUUCACGCUUCACCUGGCCUGGAUGGCGGCCGUCCUCUUCACCAUCCGGCCAGAGCUCGCCCGCCAUCGAGUGCUGGCGGCCGCCUCCUCUGUGCUCUACAUGCUCAUCUACUACUGCUGCCGAACGCUGCCGCCCCGCCGGCACAGCUAUGGAAGACACAAGCGGGAGAUGUACAGCAGUAGCGGACCCUGGCAGCAUAUGGGUGAAGCUCCCGCCGACCGGCAGAACUCACUAGCCGACCGGCAGAACUCCCCAGCCGACCGGCAGCCGUUCCCCGCCGACGACCGAGCUCCGCAGACGCCGCUGUCCACGCAGUGA